AGAGAUGACUAGGUGCACACCUUGGUAGACCCAUUAAAUAAAUCGACGGCGCCGCGCGGCGUCGCAAGUGUUACCAUGAGGGAGUCCUUAUCUCAGCCGUUUUCAUAGUGGCCAGAGGACUGUGAUAGCGUGGGGUGAUCUUGGAGUGAAUAGGCGGUGAAAUGACGAGCAAUGGGAAAAAUAGACUACCACCUGAGUUGGUCACUACGACUUGUCUCUCCGGCGGCCUGGCCAUUGUUCUUUCACUGACAAAUAUAGUGCUUAGCAUUCUAGUCAUUGUCUACCGACAAAACUGUUCUGUGGCCGAAACCCAGCAUAAUGGCGCGGAGUACUUUCUGAUCAUCAUGAUAAAAACUUACAUUUUACAUGAAGAUUGUGCUCACUCGUUGCAAGUAGAAAAUCUAACGAAGGCAGAGUCCGUCUUUAUACUGUCAAUAAUCAUUCUGGUUUUCGCGUUCAUCAAUUUUCUGACGGCCGUCACAGUGAUCUCAGUGGUGAACCAUGAUGAGCGUAUCAGAAACGUGGACGUAUUUAUUUAUGUCUACCUAGGCUCAAGUCUGGCGCUGUUAGUGGUGGACAUAACACUCGGUGUACAUUUCGGAAUGGACCACGAAUAUUUGAAGAAAACGUUGAACUCAAAUUCAGCCGGCUUCUUGUUGAACUACGACACGGACAUGAUCCGCCUCGGUGCUUUGCUGCUAAUGUCUACGGCACUCAAGGGUUACAUAGGCCAUGCCAUGAACAUCGUGCUUCUCGUCUUACUGACCGUUUAUGUUGUGCAGUACCAGCGGACGUUCAACGAACUUGACCACUCUAUCCACAAAUUAAGCGUCCUCAGAGCUUUUGAACCUUCAAAAAGAAUGGAAGAGCCAUGGAGUCCCGUGCGGAAUGAAAUAUUGACUUAUUCAAGAGGUCCUAUAAUGAACGGGCUCAAUAAUGAAGAUGAAUUACGACGUGGACCAAUGAGAGACACUUUAACGGAUAUUCCUAGCCCUCAGAAGCGAUUCGAGGAUCCUUGGGUGCCCCAGCCUCACCGCAAUGAAAUGCUUACAGGAUAUCCGAGGGGUGGUCAAUCGAAUCCUGCGUUCAACGGUGAUGGGUAUCGAUCGCCAGCGGUGAAAGAAAGUUCGAUAUCUGACCGCCCUCUCGAUCGUUCCCAAUCGUGGCUGCACAACUCCGGAGCCGGUAUGGGCUCACGGCCGUUUUCUUAUCUGGAGGACCGUCAGCGACCCAUGCCAGUGAAAUCUCCCACGACUCCUGCGAACGAGCCUCAGUGGCGCCGCGACGCCUGGGUGUCCGCACCACCAGUACCUGAGCCCGACUACAGUCCUCCGCCUCGGAAGCUCAAAUCGGCACUCAAGUCCAAUUAUGUGUAACAACGGAUGCCCACGUCUUCAAUCACGAGGAUUUAGAGUUUAAAAUAGUAUUAAAUAGAGACACGAGAAGAACCGAAAGAUUUUAUUAUUCAAGUAACCUUUUACAAGUUAAAACAAAUUAGUUACAAAGUUUUGCAAGUUAAAAUUAGUUAUAAAUUACCUACACACUUACUACCUACCAAUUACCAACUCUGUCAUAACACAUGAUUCCAUUAAAAAUUAAACUUUUUUGUCAAAGCA